AUGGCGUCGUAUGUGGCUGAACUACAAGCGCGCCGGGAUCUCGUCGUAGCGGAACUCGACGGAUUACCAGUUGGCGUGCCGGCGGGCGGAUGGAGCCUGCUUCUCCGCGUGAGUGAUUUCGGGCUGGACGGGAGUACCGCGUCGAAGCGUUUUCUGGAACAAGGGGUGUGCACAACUGCAAUGGAUGGAUGGGGAGAGGUGCACGGUAGCCAGUAUAUCCGGUUUGUGUUCUCGAAUGAGUCUAUUGAGAGGCUGAAGGGACUGGGUGCCAAAGUCCGCAAAGCGUUGGGUAUUCCCAGUGACUAA